AUCAAAAAUCUUUCAUCAGUGUGAAAAAGUUCUCAGAAACAAACGUGCAUUUGCGAUUUGUUGAUAUUUUUCGGCAAUUUCGCUUACAGAAACAUUCAAACUCGAAGUAAAUUUCCGUUUUUCCAACGCCCGUAGUUACCGCCGAUUGAACCGUGAUGGAUUCCAGUGGUGAUAGCAUAGAAAAGCUGUACAAAAACUAUGAAAUACUAACCGACGCCAAGGAAAAAAUCGGCGAGCAUGAACUUGAGUACCGGGAGAUAUUAGAUGCCGUCAAGGGAUCCGCGAAGGAGAAACGUCUUGCGUCGCAGUUUAUCGGGAAGUUCUUCAAGCAUUUUCCGAACCUGGCCGCGUUGGCCAUCGAUCGUCAGCUGGAUCUGUGUGAGGAUGAAGAUGCGCAGAUUCGGAAACAAGCAAUCAAGGAUCUGCCCCAGCUGUGUAAAGAGACCAAGGAGCAUACGCCAAAAAUGGCCGAUAUUCUUGCUCAGUUGCUAAUCACAGAAGAUGUAACCGAACUGCAACAAGUGCAUCAAUCUCUGUUAACAUUGUCGAAGUUUGACGCCAUUGGGACGUUCACGGGCAUUUUCAGUCAAAUUGUAGCCGGCGAUGAACCUGUGCGCUAUCGAAAUUUUCAAUUUAUUUUGAACAAACUGAUCAAGAUAGGGCCGGAGAUUAUUACUAAGGAGGUGGAAGAUUUCGUCAUUGCUGAGAUCAAAAAAAUUCUUUUGGAUGUAAGUGCUGACGAGUUCCACCUAUGCAUGUCAAUACUUAACCAGACAAAGUUGAGUAAAACUGUUACCGGUCACGCUGAACUAGUAGCAAUUGCCGUUGAGCAAGCCGAUAUGGAAGCCGACCUUGGAGCACUGGCCUCGGACGACGAAACCGUUGAGCGGUUUAUUCAGUGUGCCAGUGAAGCUAUGCCGUAUUUUUCGUCACAGGUUGAAUCAAGCCAGUUUAUCAAGUUUAUGUGUGAAAAGCUGUUGCCUCUCAACGUUUGGAACUUGAUUGGAGCCGGUGAGGAACAACACACCACCCAGCUGAGACUGCUGAAGGUAUUUGCCGAGAUGUGUGCCUUCUGUGGGACGCUAGAGAAACCAACGGAAAAGGUCGAGGCCAUCUACAAUGUGCUGCUGGAAUACAUGCCUCUUCCGCCAGCGGAUGCUGAUAUGAUCGAAACGCCAUCGUUUCAGUUUUCACACACUGAAUGUCUUCUGCACGCCCUACACACUUUGGGAAAGCAAGCCGCUGAAUAUUUAACGUUCCCGGAGGAUGCCGCUAAGCUGAAGGAUUUCCGUUCCAGGCUACAGUAUUUGGCUCGUGGCACACAAGGAUACAUCAAAAAACUACAGGAAGCCGUUAAGGGCAAAACAACGGAAGAAAUGAAGUCGGAAGAGAAUCAAAUCAAGGUCACCGCAUUGAAGACAACUUCCAACAUCAGUACUCUUAUUCGGGACCUUUUCCACACUCCGCCAAGCUUCAAAUCGGUCAUCCAUCUAUCUUGGUUACCACCAAAAUCAAAGGCGGCGGACUCAAAAACCCCAACAAAACGUCACGCCGCGAUCACUUUCGAGGAGAACGGCAAGUCCCAGGACUCGAGGGGGCCGAAACACACCAAGGGUAGCUCUGGCACGCAGAAGGUUUACACACCGCCUUCCGGCAAAUACUCUGGCAAGGUGCAAAAUUACUCAGCCAAAAAUGGUGGUGGUGGAGGCAGCAGCAACGGAGGACGAAGACCCGGCGGCGGAGGCAGCGGUGGUGGUGGUGGAUUCCGCAGAUCGAGUUUCGGCGGACGAUCGGGUGGAGGUGGCCGAAGGAGGUAUUAGAUCCAGCAUCUUCGUAAACGGGUGAGAUUGAUUCGCGGGCUGAAAAAGAGUACGAAUUUUGUAGGUUCCCUCCCUAGUUCUUAAGACUCAUUCAAUUUUUGAUCUUAGAUAUUUUAAGAUCAUCUUUUUCUAUUUGGACAAUGAAUUCUUAAGGUUUUGAACUAUGUAAAUAGACAGCGCUAGUGAAACGAGCUCAACCAGGAACAUUCACCGAAGCGGUGCUGGAUAUAAUUCUGGAGAAACACCAAAGGAAAUUUGCAUCAACCCUUCCGCUGAACAAUCUUCUCUUUCACAGGACCAUCCGGAUUUUUUCGCCUCUGCUACUGGCCAUUUUUCCGUUUUUUAUGGAUUUUAUAAUUUUCAGUUUAAAAUGCAUUCAACUGUUCUACUCUUCUAUAGUUUUGCCUUGUCGUGUUUUGUAGAAUCAACCCCGUAUCAAGAAUUCGUACUCUUUUCCAUCAUGCCCAACUAAGCGUACAAUUGAAGCUUUGAAAGAAACUGGUUUACUUUUCUUCGUGGGGAUUGGCACUCCAAUGCGAAUAAUUUUACAAUAUUUAACUAGCUAAGAGAAAAAGUGAAUGACGAUUUUCACCGUUUGCUACCGUUCUACUAGCAACUAUAAUACAUGUGUGACUAAACCAACCGUUGUAAAGUUGGAUAUACGACUUGGUAUUAUUUGAGUUUUUUUGCUGUUCCAUCGAGCGUGAGUGAUACUGCAGUCAGAGAAGAAUCGAUUUCUCACCUACGUUUCAUUGGAAUCAGUGCAUUCUCAAUUUGAUUCCUAGUCGACACAGCCAGAUAUAAUUCUCUGAACAAACAGUGCACUAUAACAGAGAUGUAGAGUAUAAUUGGGAACACGACGGAAGUCACUUUCGGGUUUGUUGCCCUUAAUUACACAUUGAUGUCAACGCGACAUUUACUCAAAAUUUUCCUUACGGUUCUUAUCAUAGCAUCGCACUUCUAAUAAUAUUCUACAUAUUUAAUAAACAACCUAGUUAUAAAAAUA